CGCGCCCGCCAGGCGGGCGCGGGGCCCGCGGAGGUGCCCGCCGCGCCCGCGGGUGGCACAGGGAGCUGCACUGCCCUCGUCGUGCACCCAGAGUUCCCUCGCCUCGGCGCAGAGGGCUGCUCGGCCUGGCAGAGCAGCAGCGUCUACGACGCCUGCGCCACGGGCAGCAUCGUGGCGCACGGGACAUGGCAGGUGGGCAAGCCGGAGAGGCCGCUGAUGCGGCCGAAGCGCCCGGUCACCAGCGGGCACUCGAGCCUGCGAGCGCGCGGCAUCGCCUGCCUUGGGGUAGUGGCGGUGGGAGGAGAGACCUCUCCGGCGUUUUUGUUGGUUGGUUGGUUUGUUGGUUUGUGUGUCUCUCUCUCUUCCUCUCUCUCUCUCUCUCCCCCAAUUCCCGAGCUCCGCUUGCAAAGUUUGGCCGUUCAGAGAAGAAGGGGGACCUCGGGAUGCGCUCCCAGCGGGCUGUUCGGACGCACCUCUAUCGAGGCUGGGCGCCCCCCAUCGUAUACCCCAGGGUUGGGCUUCAAGUUCUGGUCCAUUCAAAACCCCCACGAAGCCUGGGAUAGGGAGCGACAUAUCCCCUGCUAG